GCUGAGCGGAAAGAGCAUCUGCGGGCUGGCAUUGGCCGCCUGCAGGCGCUGCUCGCGACACUGCCCCGCCCAGAGCGGCGAAAGGCUGUCGAGUCGCUUUCACUGCCGCUGCGGACAGCUCUCCUCCGACAGCUCGAGGUUGCUCGAUGGAGAGGGCAUUCCGGCGAGAUAUCGCAAGCGCCAGACGACCGCCAGGAAACAG